UAUCUGGGUAAAAGAGAGGGAAAUGGAGAAAGUGGUAUCGGAGGCAGAAGAGCUGCCGAAGGCGAUAGUGCGAAGGGUGGUGAAGGAGAAGCUCUCGGAAUGUUCACCGGAUUACGAUUUUAACGUUCACAAAGAUGCCCUCCUCGCUUUCUCUGAAAGCGCUCGCAUCUUCAUCCACUACCUUUCCGCCACGGCAAAUGAUAUAUGCAAGGAAUCGAAGAGGCAGACAAUGAAUGCGGAGGAUGUGUUUAAAGCACUCGAAGAAAUUGAGUUCUCGGAAUUCGUUAAACCCCUUAGGGCUUCCCUUACCGAGUUCAAAAAGAAGAAUGCUGGGAAAAAGGGUGGAGCAGCUAAGGAAAAUGAGGCCAAAAAGAAGAGAAAGAUAGAGGAUUCAUCUGCCGAAAACGGAACCAAAACCAAGCAAAAGAAACAGGAUAAUGAUAAAGAAGAGGAGCAUGAAGAAGAAGACAAUCAUGAAAGUGAGUAAUUAAGCAAUAAUAAUACUGUUGUUAAACUGGGAAUUGCAAUGCCCAUUAAGUGUUUCUCUCAUCUAGUUUCUCUCAUUUUAGCCGACUUUAAUAGAUAUUAUGGUUGGACUUGAAA